ACUAGCAGCUCGUUGUUGUUUGAAUCUCGCUUCCCCAUUGAAUGAAAACAAACGAUGAUGUCAAUGAACAUAUAAGCGCUGCGAAACUUCCUCAAGCUCUAGAAAUAUGAACGCGGAAGGUGUUUACAAGCGCACGCACAAAACGUGAGGAGGCGCGAUGGAUGCAAAGGACAGAGAGCGGCUGCGGACACGGAACGCUUGCAAAAGAACCGAAAGCGCCAGUGUCCUGCGCUCGCUCAGCGUCGACAACAUAAACGAUAAUGAGCCAAUGGCAGGCGUCUCGGACCUGGUUAAACAUGGCAGUCUUGAACAGCGACUCAUCGCACCGAGGUACAGCUUGCUCCGUGAAGUUGGCAGGGGCAGUUAUGGCGUUGUGUACGAAGCCGUUGCCCGUAAAUCAGGUGCAAGAGUGGCGGUGAAGAAGCUGCGCUGUGACGCGCCUGAGAACGUGGAGCUGGCGCUGGCGGAGUUUUGGGCUCUGACCAGUCUGGAGAAGCGCCAUGAGAAUGUGGUGCAGCUGGAGGAGUGUGUGCUCCAAAGGAACGGGAUGGCCCAGAAAAUAAGCCAUGGCAAUACGCGUUCAAAGCAGUAUUUGAGGUUGGUCGAGACCUCGUUGAAAGGUGAGCGUGUAUUGUCGUGUCCUGAUGAGCCUUGCUACCUGUGGUUUGUUAUGGAGUUUUGCGAGGGAGGGGAUCUGAAUCAAUUCAUCUUGUCGCGACGGCCUGAUCCCCGAACCAAUGCCAGCUUCAUGAUGCAGCUGAGUAGCGCUGUGGCAUUCCUGCAUGAAAACAACAUUGUUCACAGAGACCUUAAACCAGAUAAUAUCCUCAUCUCGGAGCGUUCUGGCGCACCUGUGUUGAAAGUAGCAGAUUUUGGACUGAGCAAAGUGUGUGCUGGUCUGAGUGCCGGAGUACGAGACUCAGAGGAGGGACAGGACAAAAUCAAGAACAGUGUUAACAUCAACAAGUUCUGGCUCUCAUCGGCAUGCGGCUCAGACUUUUACAUGGCACCAGAGGUUUGGGAAGGACAUUACACAGCCAAAGCAGACAUUUUUGCUGUAGGCAUUAUCAUCUGGGCCAUGAUAGAGAGAAUUACAUUCAUUGACGCCGAGUCAAAACGGGAGCUUCUCGGGACGUAUGUGCGGCAAGGUUCCGAUAUCGUCCCAGUUGGAGAGGCUCUUUUGGAGAACCCAAAGAUGGUGCUGAGUAUUCCCCAGCGCAGGCGCUCGCACAUGCCUGAGGCACUCCGGAAACUUUUGCAAGACAUGCUGGCCGUCAAUCCUCAGGACCGACCAGACGCACUAGAACUGCACAGCAGGAUGGGACAGGUCACUUGCGCAGCGUGAACUCUGACCUGAAUGCACACACAGGUUUUCCCUUUCCAUAACAGACCAGAAGGGGCCGCGUUGCUUGGAAAACUGUGAAUCCUCCAUUGCUGAUUUAAUGUGAAGAGUACAAAGUACUCAACUUGAACACCAAUACAAAGUUUGCCACAAAGAGAUUUUCAACUGACCAUUCACUUUUUUUUGUUUACAUUAGUAAUUUAAACGAAUCAUUCAUUUAUCCCAGAAGUGUUCAGCCUAAAUCAAUCAUCAGUUAUGUCACUCAGAGUGAAGUAUAGCUAAAAAUGAUGUUAUGAUGCAGUGAGUACAAUCAAGCUAAAACAAGCAAGGUCUUUAAUAGUCUUCCUGAGGGACUGGGACUAUAAAAUUCUGUUCUCAGAGCCUCCCUGCUCGCUCAUCUCCUCAAAACAAUCAUUUGCCAUAAAAACAGACCAUGAGGAAACUAUUUCAGUUAUUUUAUUCAGUUUUAUGAGCAGUAAAGCCUUCAGUUUUAGUUCACAAAUUAUUGUUAAUUUUUUGGGGGGAAAAUAAAUCCAAAUACAAGCAAUUGUCACAAACCAUGUAAUUAACAUAGUCUUACACUUGGGUCUUACUUUAUGUUAAACAUGCAACUCUACAAAAUUUGAUCAUCUUUAUCUUUCCUCUGUCACAACAAAACAGCUGAAAUCACGGGAAUUAAAGACCAACUUUUUUAACCUGGUUUUCAUUUGCCAUUAAAAUGCUCAUGAUUUUAAGCCUAAACCCAAUAUUACGCAGAUUUAUCCUGGUGCCUUGAAGUCUAGUGAUAUAAGUGAGAUUUCUAGUAGUGUUUUGUUUUGUUUUACAGCUUUAUCUUUUAGACAUGCAGUAUGUUUUUAAUAUUUAAACACUUUACAUAUUAGACGUGCAGUUUAACCAUUUAGGUGCUUGUUUGUACAUUGUGUGAGAAUAUUUUUUGAUCAAAAAAAUGAUUAAUUAUUCUGGUGCCCCAUUUACAAUAAUGCUGUCACUUAUGAAAUAAACAGUGUGAACAACACUUCUGCACGGACACGCACACUUCUACAGUUUUACGGUUUAGUUGUUUUGAAAUCUGGUAGAUUAAAAUAUGGAUUUGAUUAUGAUUAAAGGGAGCAGUUAAAGACAGAGUGGUGUUUGUUUUAUAUAAGAAAUACUACUUAUGCAUUUUCAAUAUAGAACAGAUUUUUUGGUUGAUUUGUCAAAAAUCCAAUAUUUCUUUUUUGUUAACCGACUACUUGAUGUUCUCAAAAACAGGAUGGGAGCUCAUUAGUGUAGCUCUUUCGAAUGCUUCACAGAGAAGAAUUUGGAGUGGUUUUGCCUGACAGUUCGUGUGUGCUAUAGUUCUACCUCAGCACUCUUGUGUUUUAGUAUCUAAUUCACUAAAUAAACUAACAGUGCUUUCUGUUUUUUGGUGAGGCUAGUAA